UUUCUCGCCGUUCUCAUUGUUCGCAAUCUUGAGUGGCAGAAGCCUGAAGCUCUCUUGCUCCCUCUCUCUCCAUCUCUCUUUGUCCCUCUCUCUCGUCAGUAAUUUUUAGGGCUGGGCAUCUGGUGACUGCCCUCGCGACCUCCUCUGGUCUCCGCGACUCCAUCAGUCGAAUUCUCGACGUCACACGCCACCGCACAGACGCACAACAUUGGCUUAUCUCCGAUCUCUGCAAUCGGAUUGUGAAUGAAUGGUUCUCUUGUAGCCUAUAUCCUCUUGCACUCUGUAGAUUAGGAAUGAAUGUUAACAGCAAAGAAGAUUCCUCUUGCACUCUGCAGUGUGUGUUCUAAUUCGCACGACAUUACAACAACACAUGCAUGGGUGUGACUGCAGGCUCUGUGCUAAACCGUCUUCUUUGUGACAAAGGCCAUCUAACCAAACCCUCAAAUCCCACCACCGUCAAAGCCAUCACCAGCACAAUCCUCACUCAUCUCGACUCUGGUCGUCUCCCGAAAGCCGUUUCAAUCCUCUCUGCAUCUCCAUUUCCCUUCCAAUUUUCUCUCUACGCCCGUCUCUUCCAGCUCUGUUCCUCCAAUCGAGCCAUUCUUGAGGCCCGAAAGGUUGAGUCACAUUUGGUCACCUUCUCGCCCACCCCGCCCAUUUUUCUACUGAAUCGUGCCAUUGAGGCUUAUGCGAAAUGUGGGUCUUUGGGAGAUGCGAGGGAGCUGUUCGAGGAAAUGCCUCAAAGAGAUGGUGGGUCUUGGAAUGCAUUGAUAACGGCGUACUCGCAAACUGGGAAUCCUGAGGAUGCCCUUGGCUUGUUUGUAAAGAUGAACAGGUUGGGUUUUUUGCCGAAUGAGAUUACAUUUGCUAGUGUUCUUGGGUCAUGUGCUGCAGUUUUGGCGCUUUGGCUUUCGAGGCAAAUUCAUGCGGUUAUUUUCAAGUAUGGUUUCGAUGGGAAUGUGAUUUUAGGGAGUUCUCUUGUUGACAUAUAUGGGAAAUGUGGGGUUAUGAGGGAUGCCCGUGGAAUAUUUGAUGAGAUCCAGAAUCCAAAUGACAUAUCUUGGAAUAUAAUUGUGAGGCGGAAUCUCGAGAUGGGUGAAGGAAAGGAGGCAAUAAUGAUGUUUUUCCAGAUGUUUGUGGCAGCUGUAAGGCCAUUGAAUUUCACCUUUUCUAGUGCUCUUGUUGCUUGUUCGAGUAUUACUGCACUUGAAGAGGGAAUGCAGAUUCAUGGAGCUGCAAUUAAAAUGGGUUUCGAAAAUGAUGAGGUUGUUUUGAGCUCCCUUAUCGAUAUGUACGCCAAGUGUGGGGAACUAGAGAAUGCUUGUGCAAUUUUUGACCAGCCCAAGUCAAAAAAUUUGAUUUCUGGCACUUCAAUUGUUUCAGGAUAUGCAAUGAGUGGACAGACAUGGAAGGCAAGAGAGUUCUUCAAUGAAAUGCCUGAACGCAAUGUGGUAACUUGGAAUGCAAUGUUGGCAGGGUACACUCAUUUCUUCCAGUGGGAAGAGGCUUUGAAUUUUAUAUUCCUGAUGGUGAAAACAACAAAAAAUAUAGACCAAGUCACUCUUGGGUUAAUCCUCAAGGUGUGUGCUGGCCUUUCGGAUGUUGAAAUGGGAAAACAGGUUCAUGGAUUCAUUUACCGAUAUGGUUUCUGUUCCAAUAUCUUUGUUGGAAAUGGCCUUCUUGACAUGUAUGGUAAAUGUGGGAACAUGAAAAGUGCCAAAACAGUCUGGUUUCACCAAAUUAGUCAAUGCCGGGAUAGAAUUUCUUGGAAUGCUUUGUUGAGUAGCUAUGCUCGUCAUGGCCGGAGUGAACUAGCUAUGACAAUAUUUUGUGAGAUGCAAUUGGAGGAAACACCCGAUGAGUAUACGUUUGCAAUUCUCCUGGCAGCUUGUGCCAAUAUUUUUGCACUUGAGCAAGGAAAACAAAUUCACGGUUUCAUGAUCAGAAAUGGUUACACAAUGGAUAGUGUGGUCAGAGGGGCAUUAGUUGACAUGUAUUCCAAGUGUCGUUCUAUUGAGUAUGCUAUCAUGGUUUUCAAAGAGAGGGCUUUAAGAGAUGUAAUUCUGUGGAACUCCAUGAUUUUGGGAUGCUGUCACAACUAUAAGGGGAGAGAAGUACUUAAAUGUUUUGGUUUGAUGGAGGAUGAAGGUAUUAAGCCAGACCAUGUAACAUUUCGAGGUGUUUUACAUGCUUGUACAUAUGAAGGUUUUGUUGAGUUGGGCAGGCAAUACUUUGAUUCGAUGACCAAUGAGUACGGUAUUAUACCUAGGUUAGAGCACUAUGAGUGCAUGAUUGAACUCUACAGCCAAUGGGGGUACAUGGAUGAGCUUGAAAAUUUUGUAAAGAAUAUGCCGUUUGAUCCUACAGUCCCAAUGUUGACAAGAGUCCUUGAUGCUUGUAGAAGACAUGGCUGCUUGAGAUUGGGACAAUGGGCUGCUCAAAUACUUAAUGAGUAAUCCUUCUAGUUCAUAAGAGUUUCAGAUUAUGGACAGAGCCAGGUAGUGAUUGCCAGCGUUGCAGAUUUGGAAGCUUAAACCACUACCUUGUCGUAAUCGUUCUACAUUGAAUGAAAUUUGUUUGAUGUAAUGGAUGAAGGAGUACUCUAGAAAAUUGAAGCAACAAAAUUUGUUGGUCAUGCAGAAAUGAUUUCUUUUUCCUCAACGUGUUCCUACAUGCACAACGACAACAGCAGGUAAUAAAUGCUGAUGAUAGCCGAUCGGGCAGACACCCUUUCCCCAACUCUGAUGUGCCAAUUUUCUGUGCCUGCAAGUUGGAAAGACACCGUUUUAUUUGUCUUAGCAAAUCAGGGUUCAGGAUACACCGUGUUCCUCUUAUUGUUAUAUAUUCUUCUAUUUAAUUUUUCUACUUCAAUAAUUUUUUUUAAAUGAUGCAGGAAGAGGAAAAGGAGAAUCACAAAGGCUUUUCGAGCAGCCAUAUUCAAAUAGUUUUCUUCAAUUGAAGUACUGUUUUAUCUAUCUGUUGAAAAUAUUUUACGAUGAACAUUUGUAAGGAUACAAGUAUAAACAACAUUUGUUAUGGGGUAAGCUGAAAUGAACUCUUAUUUCUGUUGCUUAUUAUUUCUGAUGGUUUAGUAGGGAAGUUGCUUCCUCAUAUCCUCAUAGGAUUAUGUAAAGCAUUGAGAGUGACUGCUCAUACUACUUUUUUUUAAUUUUUUAUCUCAUCUCAUUUUGUCUCUAAUGAUAGUGGUUUAUCUUAAUUGUGGGUGAUUAGAUCGAGAUAAAGCUACAAUAGAAAGGAUAGUUACUUGAUGCACGUCAGUUGACCAUGGUUAAAUGAUAAAAUGGCACUUAUACCCACACAAAAGAAAUAUUCCAUUUCCGUUGAAAACUAGACUCAGCUUCAUACACUCUUCUUGACUUGAGGUGCAGCAGAGAAGAGAAGCAAUUACCAAGCAACCACAACGUUCAAAGGACCAACCAAGCAGAUUUCCAGAUGCACGUUAAGGGUAAGUGUUGAUCAGUCCACAACAAUCCUAGUGCAUGUAUAUGUGCUCAAGGGUAAGGACCUGUUGGAUGGCCCAUACUUGGUCGCCUUCCUCGCCUCCUCAACAAUCGCCUUCAUGAGGACUUGUUUCAUCUCUCCAGAAUCCAUGGCCCACUCCUUAGCCUGAAACUAGGUUUAAAGCCUGGUGUCGUGAUAUUGUCGCCGAAGAUGGCAUGGAAGACCCUUAAGCAACAGGAGGAUGUUUUCUCCAGUCAUACCAUCACGGAGGCCAUCUGGAUCAUUACAUAUGAUACGGCCUCUGUUGUAUAUAUGCUCCCAUGGCUAGUGCACGUUGGAGAGUAAUUAGAAGAAUCUUGAUGGAACAGAUCUUCUCUGCCAGGCCUUUGAGGCUUUUGAAACAGUUCACAAGCAACAGGUUUUGUUAAUUUUUUCAGGUUCAUGGGUUGCUCAAGCAGCUCUACUUAGCUUCGAUGACGAAAAAUUCAGUGAACAUUGCAGAGUUGGCCUUCAUGGCCUCAGGCAACAUUGUGAGUAACAGAGAAUAUUACUGAUCUAAUCCCAGUAUUCAAGCCAUUUGAUCCUCAAUGCCUGAAACAGAGAAUAUUGAAGAUCUUUUGGAGAUUGUAUGCGUUUUAUGAAAAUAUCAUGAAGGAGAGGUUGGAAGAAAGGAAAAUCAGAAUCGGCAAAUUUGGACUUGUUAGAUGUGUUAUUGGAUUAUAGAAAUGACAGAGAUGAUGAAUUAAAAAGCUUAUCCAGAAAGAAUAUCAAAGGCAUGCUCGCGGAAAUGUUUGUCGCAGGCACAGAGACUA